GAGCUCAUUUGUAAGCCCGUCGGCCAUAUAUCGCUCUGUCGUCUUUAUUUAAUGACGAAGAGCUCAUCUACAGGACCAUCGGCCAUAUAUCGUUCUGUCAUCUUUAUUUGAUGACGAGGAACUCAUUUGUAGGCCUCUGAGCCACAUCUUGCUGCGUCAUCUUUAUUUGAUGACGCGAAGCUCAGUUGCAGGCCCAUCGGGCGUAUAUCGCCUCGUCAUCUUUAUUUGAUGACGCGAAGCUCAUUUACAGGCCCAUCGGCCAUACAUCACCCCGUCAUCUUUAUUUGAUGAUGUGGGGCUCUCAUGUAGGCCUCUCGGCCAUCCAUCGCCCCGUCGUCUUUAUUUGACGACGUGGAGCUCUUAUGCAGGCCCCUCGGCCGCACCAUCGCCCCGUCGUCUUUAUUUGACGACGUGGAGCUCUUAUGCAGGCCUCUGAUCCAUACAUCACCCCAUCAUCUUUAUUUGAUGAUGUGGGGCUCUUAUGCAGGCCCCUCGGCCGCACCAUCGCCCCGUCGUCUUUAUUUGACGACGUGGAGCUCUUAUGCAGGCCCCUCGGCCGCACCAUCGCCCCGUCGUCUUUAUUUGACGACGUGGAGCUCUUAUGCAGGCCCCUCGGCCGCACCAUCGCCCCGUCGUCUUUAUUUGACGACGUGGAGUUCUUAUGCAGGCCCCUUGGCCACACCAUCGCCCCGUCGUCUUUAUUUGACGACGUGGAGCUCUCGUACAGGCCUCUCGGCCCAUCGGCCUUACGUUCCGGUCAUCUUUAUUUGAUGAACCAGACAUCAUAUUGUGGACGGUCGCUUGACCCAUCCCUUAGUCAUCUUUAUUUGAUGACUAGGACUACUGAUCAUGAUGAGCUACCCACAUCUGGAGAUCGGCCUCGACCAUCCAGCAGACGGGCACCGCUGCAGCUCCAUCUCCAGGCCGAAGGGCUCGCACCUUUUGUUUCAUUUUGGGGGCAUCCGGUGUACUCUUUUUCCCUCAUUAGGAUUUUUUCCCACAGGGUUUUUCCUAAUGAGGUUUUUAACGAGGCAUCUCCCCAUCGUGGAUCAAAAGGUGUCAACCCUCGGCCCCCUGUUGAAGACAUCAUCCGACACGCAUUACUCUACUCCUCUUCACCUCAUUGCACUCGCCUCAAGGAGUGGGGGACUGGGAGAGCGGGGGACUUAGCGCCUUCGUUAACCAAAGAAGCAGAAUUUCAAAUUUUUGUUCAUGAAGUUUACUCACCAGACGGUGACAGAUCAUCACACGGUUCUACUCUCUUUCGCCUCGAAUACUCUCGACUCAGAGAGUGGGGGACUCCUGAUAGAGUAUAUAGACUCGGACCCCCGGGUCUCACGACUAUUGGGCCCGGACAGCGGCCCACACACAUCUUACGGAUAUCAUUUGUAUUAUUGUACUGCUUAUAUGUCAUUUGUAUACUAGAUUAGUCUUUUAUGUAGUUGGGCUACCGGGCCCAUAUUAGCGGCCCGGCCCGUUAUUCCUCUAUUUAUACUCCUUUUGGAGCUUGUAAACCCUAGAUCUCAAUUCAUU